CUCCAUUCUUUCCUUAGCAUUCGCCAAUGCCUUAAAUCUAGUGUUAAUCUCUUUCAUAAAAUUCCAUAAAACCCACUUGUCUCUCACUUAAUUGCUCCUUAAAAGUUGUAGUUUCUUUCCCUCUUUUUACUCUAUUUAAAUGCUUCAAACCAGAGAGAGUUUCAAUGGCGCUUUCAGUCUAAAACCAGAACUCAAAUUCAAAAUUCUUCUCUUUUUCUUUUUCUGUUUUGUGUGUAGAUGGAUGAAGUGGUUGCAAUGAAGGCAAAGAUUGUGAAUGAGCCAGUGAGGUUAGGAUGUUUUGUUCAGAACUACGAUUGGGGCAGAAUUGGUGAGGAUUCGAAGGUUGCGAGUCUGUUUUCGUUGAAUUCUGGGUUGGAGAUUGAACCCAGUAAGCCUUAUGCAGAGAUUUGGAUGGGAACCCAUCCGUCAGGACCGUCGUUUGUGGUGGAAAACGGUGAACUAGAUGGUGGUUCUUCUGGGUUUGUGUCGAAGACUCUGAAGUCGUGGAUUUCGGAAAACCCUAGUGUUCUUGGUGAUAAGGUUGUGAAGAAGUGGGGAAAUAAUCUUCCUUUCUUGUUCAAGGUGCUUUCAGUUGCAAAAGCAUUAUCUAUUCAAGCACAUCCAGACAAGGAAUUGGCCAGGGUAUUGAAUAAAUCUAAACCAAAGCUCUACAGAGAUGAUAAUCACAAGCCUGAGAUGGCUUUGGCUCUUACAGAGUUUGAAGCCUUGUGUGGAUUUGUCAGUGUUGAGGAGCUUAAAGAUGUGCUUCAUGAUGUUCCUGAGAUUAUAGAUCUGGUUGGUAAUGCUGAAGCUGAUGAAGUUUUACACAUUAAUGAGCAAUAUGGGGAGAAGAAAAUAAAAACAAUUCUGCGGUCAAUCUUCACCCAAUUGAUGACAGUAAGUGAGAAUGCUAUCUCAGAAGCUGUAUUCAAAAUGAAAAGACGUCUGAACAUUGAAAAGAAGGUGAGAUAUUUGACAGACAAGGAACAGCUGGUAUUAAGACUAGAGAAGCAAUAUCCAAGUGAUAUUGGUGUUAUGUCAGCCUUCUUUCUAAACUAUGUGAAGCUUAACCCUGGUGAAGCACUGUAUCUAGGGGCUAACGAACCCCAUGCAUAUAUAUCUGGUGAAUGCAUUGAAUGCAUGGCAACCUCAGAUAAUGUUGUGCGUGCCGGUCUCACCCCAAAAUACCGAGAUGUUCAGACUCUGUGUUCCAUGCUUACAUACAAACAGGGCUCUCCUGGAAUUCUUCAUGGGUUUCUCUUGAAUCCAUAUACGAAAAGGUACCUCCCACCUUUUGAUGAAUUUGAGGUUGAUCAUUGCAUUUUUCCUCAAGGAACAUCAGCUAUACUUCCUGUAGCACAAGGGCCAUCCCUUUUCCUGGUCACAGCAGGAGAGGGGACAAUGCAAACAAGCACAGGCUUAUUUGGAGAAAUGAUUUCAGAAGGUUCUGUUCUUUUUGUGCCUGCCAACACAGAGAUUAUGGUAACUACCAUAGAAGGAAUGCAACUUUAUAGGGCUGGGGUGAAUAGCAAGUUUCUUUCAGAGAAUCAAGUGGAAGAAGUACCAUUUCUCAUAUAAAAUUGUAACCAGCUUUAGUGCUUUACAUGCUUUAUACGGUAUAUACUUC